AUGGCUUCGAAACACAUUACCAAGAACAAUAAUUACACCACUGUUAGAAAAAAUACGGAUGCAGGUAAACGUAGUACAACUACUGGAGCUACUUCUAUUAUGAAUAAAUCAAAUAAGGAUAAUACUCAACUUAAAGCGACAAGUACUGUAACGAAUAUGGACCCACCAACUAAAACUGAUAUGUAUAAUCUUCAAUCAGCUGAAGACAUUUAUUAUCCUUCAAUUCAAAGUACUCAAUUGAAUAAACAAAAUGAAUUAGUUGCAGUUCCCUAUACUGACCGACUAUUAGACAUUAUGAAAAAACAUGGCCUUAUCUGUAAACCUACUCGAGAAGGUCAUCAGCUUACUCUUCACGUUGAGAAUCCUGAUACAGAACUAAUUAUUUGUACUGGUGUCUCAGAAGAUGAACAAGUAUCAGAAGCAUGUAAAUGCAAUAAAUAUUUUCCUCCUCAGUUUGAAAUAUUGGGGAACAUAUGUAAUUUUUGUAAUCAUUCGUUCCGUUUUCAUCGAGUAAAACCGGAACUGGAACAUAUUGAAUUCGAUGAUAUGAAAAGCGAAACGAAACGAAAUGAUUAUAAAUAUUGGUUUGAUAAAUUUAUUGAAUUACAACGGCUUUAUUGCUGUGCGACGAAGAAUUUUUCCUUCGAUAACAACCUAUUUAUUAAGAUUUAUGGCAAACCACGACAAGCAGCAUUAAGUUUUAUUCAGAGUCCUAAUUAUCGAUAUGUUCUAAUCAAGUAUGUUUAUGAUGGUGUCUAUGAUGAAGGUGAAACUUUGAUUGAGACGAAAUAUCAAAUCAUUAGUUUACAAACAAUGCAACCAAUUAAGACAGAUGAUCAAUUACAGCAUUCAUGUUCAUACUAUCGUGAUAAUACUCAAACUGACACUGGCUUUCGAACUAUUUUAUGGGAUUUAAAUCAACCAGCAACAUUAAUUGCAACAGAGGUAUUCAGUGAUAGAUCAUAUCAAACUUUUGUCAAGCGAAUCGUAAAUAUACAAUGUCCAAGUAUCGAUCAGAAAUAA